CUCUCUUGUCCAAAUUCCCACAUCGUGGCCGAGGCUUGCUCGAUCUCCUUCGCCGGACCAAUGCCUCGAUCCGGUCACCUCCUCGUUGGCUUCUCCCUCCUUCUUCUGUAUUCCGCCACCGCCACCGCCACCGCCGCAGCAGCAGCAGGCGGCAAUGGGGCGCCGAGAUUCCGGGAGGCGCCGCAGUUCUACAACUCCCCGGGCUGCCCCCGGCCGCUCCCACCCUCCUCCGCCGCAUCCUGCUCGCCGUCGGCGAUGGUCCACGUAGCCAUGACCCUCGACAUCGCCUACCUCCGCGGCUCCAUGGCCGCGAUCCUCUCCGUCCUCCAGCACACUUCGUGCCCCCAAUCCAUCCAAUUCCACUUCGUCGCCUCCUCGUCGAUCGAUUACCUAAACACCACCAUCUCCACCUCCUUCCCCUCGCUCUCCUUCCGGAUCUACCCCUUCGACGACUCCCUCGUCUCGGGUCUCAUCUCGACGUCGAUCCGCAAAGCCUUGGAUCGCCCGCUCAACUACGCGCGGUCGUACCUCGCGCGAAUGCUCCCCGACUGCGCCCGCCGCGUCGUAUACCUCGACUCCGACCUCGUCCUCGUCGACGACAUCGCCGUCCUCGCCUCCACCCCGCUCCCCGACGGGAUCGCCCUCGCGGCCCCCGAGUACUGCAACGCGAAUUUUACCUCGUACUUCACCCCGACUUUUUGGUCCAAUCCGGCGCUCUCCAUGACAUUCGAAGGCCGAAAAGCGUGCUACUUCAACACCGGCGUCAUGGUGAUGGAUCUGGAGAGGUGGAGGGAGCGGGCCUACACGGAGAGUAUCGAGGAGUGGAUGGAGCUCCAGAAGCAGAUGCGGAUCUACCAGCUGGGGUCGCUGCCGCCGUUCCUCCUGGUGUUUGCGGGUCGGAUCGCGGCGGUGGAGCAUCGGUGGAACCAGCACGGGCUCGGGGGGGACAACUUCCGGGGUUUGUGCCGGAAUCUCCACCCGGGUCCGGUAAGCCUCCUCCACUGGAGCGGCAAGGGGAAGCCGUGGGCGAGGCUCGACGCCGGGCGACCUUGCCCGCUUGAUGCCCUCUGGGCUCCCUACGAUCUCCUCCAGACUCCGUUCUCCAUCGAGGACUCCUGAGCCAGCUCCUCCUGCACGACCCGGAUCCGCUUCACUAAAUCCGAAUCCGAUAUCUUUUAUUUUUUUCAUUUUUUUAAUAUUACUUUAAGAAAGAGAAUUUUCCAUUAUUUGAGGUGUAGAUGACGAUAGCCGGACGUAUAAGUCACAUUGAUGUUAAUUAGUAUUUUAGGAAGCAAAAAUAUAUAAACGAAAAAGGAGAGCUGUUAUAUAUAUGGAUUUUUUUUUUUUUUUUGCUCUGUUUCUUUUGUCGACUUUGGUAGGCAAUCUUUUUAAUAUUAUGUUAAUAAUGCCAUGCUGGCCAUUUGUACACUUUUAUAUGAUGCGGCUGCGAAGGAAGAAACUGUUGUUGUUAAGAAAUAAAAGAUUCUGGCUGCUUUAUGCUUGGCUCAAA